UGUCUGCCUGGGGCCUGGGUUGGAGAUCACAGUUUCUCUCUCUUGCCCCUUUUCAUUGGCUGCUGCCUGACAAUGUUUUGCCCAGCUACAUAUACCUGUGUCACAGUGUGUAGAUAAUCACAAUAGCACAGAACUUCAGUCCAUGUCAGCUGGGGAUGUGGAUCUGAAAAGACAGGAUGGACAGGAUGCAGCUGCUGUAUGAUGUCAUUAUGAUCGGGGGUGUUCGGCUUUGAUCAUAUCUUUAUAUCCCUACAUCAUUAUUAGUCAGGCCAGAUGAUCAUAAAGACCAGAGAGGAUCAUUCAUAAAGUCAGGAAGAUUUUCAUCUCUUUGUGAACCAUCGCUAGUCAUUUGGAAGGUCUCAUUUUAACACUUUAUGAGACAAUGGACAGGUUGGUUCACCCAGCAUGUCCAGGGAGGGGAUUUCCCAUGGAAUCUGUGAUGACAAACCCCACAGGACAAACCUUUAUGGGAGAUAACUGUAAGAAGAGGAGAAUGACCGAGGACGUCAGCCAUCUUCUCAAUAAUGUAAACGUUACUAGUCAUACUACAAUGCCCUCAGUUUCUACCAGCAAGAGUUUCUUACCAUUACCCAAAUGUGAUCGCAUAUUUCACACAGAAGAGUGGAAACCAAGGGGAACAACUUUGUUCCUGCCAUUGUUGGAAGACAUACUGGUUAACCUAAAAAAUCUGGAACAGAUUAGUUUCAACCGGGGGACAUACUUUGUAGCAGAUAAUGACGGCAAUUAUUCCAGAUCUAUAGAGGGAGAGACGUUGAAUAUGUGGCGUUAUUCAGAACAGGACAGGCACCUGUAUAUAUCCCGCACCUUUCUCUUCACACAUCAUCAGGAUUUCCUUGAUGUUCAGGAGUAUUUACAGUCAUUAUAGUGGUCAUGGAGAGAUGGAUAGCUCAGCUGGGAUUAGAAGACAGAACUCUCAUUCUGCAGAAGAACUCUCUCCGUGGUUGAGUAUUGCCCCACAUCCUACCAGGAUAAUUCAGAAUGGUGCCUGCAGCUUGGAAGCAUAAGCUGACCUGUAACCAACAGAAGUGAGGUUCAUAGGAUUGUGGGCUUUUCCAUUAGGCAUGGAUCACUUUGUCAGUAGUUAGAGUCAUGAUCAUGAUUCAUGGGGAAUUGUUCAGCUGGGAAGAGGAUAGAAUCCUCAUGGCUCUGUAGAAAUCUGUGUGAAUUUGUAAUGAUCAUCUGAUACCUGUCAGGAGAAGUUACAGUCAUGAUCAUGAUUUAUGGGGAAUUGUUCAGCUGGGAAGAGGAUAGAAUCCUCAUGGCUCUGUAGAAAUCUGUGUGAAUUUGUAAUGAUCAUCUGAUACCUGUCAGGAGAAGUUACAGUCAUGAUCAUGAUUCUGGAGGAAUUGUUCAGCU